AUGUCUCCUCCAACCGUCUUCGUCUGUGGUGCCACUGGCACUCAAGGAGGUGCUCUCAUCGACCAUUUACUCAAGUCUGACGUCAAAGUCCACGCCGUUACCCGUUCACUGAACUCUCCUGCUGCUCAAAGCCUCCAAAAUCUCGGUGUAGCAGUCUCGGAGGGCGAUUUCGACAACGACGAAUCCGUCAAACAAAACAUGACGAACUGCACCAGCCUCUUUCUCAACAUGAUGCCCGCACUCGGAGACCUCAACACAAGCCUUGAGCAAGCCCGCCGACUCCUCAAGAUUGCCAAAGAAUUAGGCAUCAAACAAGUCAUCUACACCAGCGGCGUGUCCGCCAACAAUCCUUCGCACAACAAACACUGGGAUCCCAACAGCAUCAUCAGCCAGAUGAUGCUCAACAAACAAGCAAUCGAAAACGAAAUCCGCAACGUAGGAUUUGAAAGUUGGACUAUUCUACGACCAGGCAAUUUUAUGACCAACUUCCUCUUCCCAAUGAACCAAAUGUACCCCGGGUUGGCAGCGAACGGGGCAUUUACUACAGCCCUCACGCCAGAUACACUGCUGCCCAUGGUUGAUCCCAAUGAUAUCGGCCGAUUUGCUGCUGCGGCAAUUCUUGAUCCUCUCAAGUUCAAUCACCAGGAGAUCGAGAUCGCUUCGGAAUUCAUGGGGGCGGAGGAGAUUAUGCGAGCCUUGUCGCGUGCGACUGGAAGGGCUUUCAAGGCCGUAUUCAUGUCUGACAAAGAGAUAGAUAAGCAGAGAGCUGUUAAUCCUUUCAUUGCAGGUCAGCUCAUGAUGCGCGAUAUGUCCUCGUUUGUGGAUUUGGAGAAGGUGAAGGCGUGGGGUCUUCCUCUUGGGACUUUUGAUCAGUUCUUGGUGCGUGAAAAAGCUAGAGUUGAUACAAGCUACCCAUGA